CUUUUGGUAGGAAGGCUUUAAAAGACCCGUGUCUGGGUUGGGGGUUAGUUACAACAACACCAUGGUGUCGACGAACCAAGUGCUCACAGGCGCAGCUCUUUUUCUCAUUGCCCUCGUUUCACAGGGGGAGGGCAUAAUCGGUGGCAGAGAGGCAGUGCCACAUUCUCGACCUUACAUGGCCUCCAUCCAGGUACCCGAGGGAGACACACUGAAGCAUGAAUGUGGAGGAUUUGUGAUCGCAGAUCAGUGGGUGAUGACUGCAGUCCACUGUAUGCCAAACGGCCCAAAUGGAAGGAAAGUAGUGCUGGGUGUCCAUUCUCUGAGUGAAGCAGAAGAUACGAAGCAAACCUUUGACAUUUUGGAACUACACAAUCAUCCUGACUUCAGCAUAGAGAAUUAUGACAAUGACAUUGCUCUCAUUAAGUUGGAUCGACCAUUCAAUUCCUCUACAGCCAUUAGCGCCGUGCAAUUCCUGCGAACAGACGGCACAAACCCCGACACAGGUGCCGCGGUCGAGACAGCUGGCUGGGGAUCACUAGACAACUUGGGGUCAAGGCCAGACAAGCUCAAAGAGGUGUCCAUUGAGGUGAUCAGCUCGGGUAAAUGCAGACGCGCAGACUAUUUUGGGAGAAAGUUUACCAGUAACAUGAUUUGCGCCCAUAAAGUGUGCCGAGACAACUGCGAGCACUCUCAUGGACUGGAGGACAGCUGUGAUGGUGACUCUGGUGGUCCUCUGCUUUACAAUGGCAUUGCUGUCGGUAUCACCUCCAACGGAGGGAAAAAGUGCGGGCAGAUUAAAAAGCCUGGGGUAUACACUAUCAUCUCCCACUACACUGAGUGGAUAGACAAAACCAUGGGCACUCAGCCAACCGCAGCUCAAGAGGAAACAAGUUAAAGGGAAGAUGGAAGCUUCACAGUUAUGAGCCAGUUGCGGCGUUAACCAGAAUUGUCAAUGCCCCACUCUCUAUUACUAUGUCCAUACUGCAACCACAUGUAUGAUCUGAUUAAUUUCAACGCUGCAUCUCAUGUUUUUUUAAAUCCAAGAAUAAAAUGCAAGCUUUGUCACAA